CAGCCUUGGAUAGACUGGAUCUGGGUGGGUGAUGGGACAAAGUCUAAGUGAGAAGGCUAAAGGUAAAAAUGUAAUAUAGAUAUGAGAGGAGUGGCAGGAAGCCUUCAGUGUGAUAUAUAAGACCCUGGACUCAGCUCUGUCCUCCACUCUCAGCUGCCAGACUGCUGUGCAACACCACGCCGCCACUUCCUCUGAAUUAUCUGCACUCGUCUCUUCACGAUGGAGCCUCUCAUUAGGCGACAGAGCUCUCAGAUCAUGGGGGUCCAGACCGGAUCCAGGCCAGCGACCUACGCCUACAGUGUCAGCGGAGGAGCGGGAGGCUACGGCACCAGGAUCUCAACCGCCGACUAUGGCAUGCGGAUCGGCAGCGGCCUAAGCGGUGGGUACGACUAUUCCCUCACCAGCACUUCCUCUGGAGCCAUGGCCAUCGGGAACGAGAAGGCAACCAUGCAGCACCUGAACGACCGCUUGGCCUCAUACCUGGACAAGGUGAAGACACUGGAGAAGGCCAAUGCAACGCUGGAGAUCAAGAUCCUGGAGUGCAUCCAGAAGAGGGGCCCCUUGGAGGGAAGGGACUACAGCAAGUACUACGCCACCAUCGAAGAUCUGAGAGGCAAGAUUGCUGAGAUGAUCAGGGGGAACGCACAACUCGCCAUCGCCCUGGACAACGCCCGCCUGGCUUCAGAUGACUUCAGAACCAAGAUGGAGUACGAGCUGCUGAUGCGUCAGACUGUGGAGGCUGAUGUUGCCAGACUGAGGAAGCUUCUAGAUGACACCAACGUCAUUCGCCUGCACCUGGAGACUGACAUCGAGUCUCUGAAGGAGGAGGUGAUCAACCUGAGGAAGAACCAUGCAGCAGAUGUUGCUGACCUGCGUGCCCAGAUCAGCCAAGGUAGCGUUCAGGUGGACGUUGACGCUCGUAAAGGACCCGACCUUGCCAAAAUCAUGGAGGAGAUGCGGGAGAAGUAUGAGAGGAUAGCACUGAAGAACCAGGAGGAGCUCAAGGCAUGGCACGAGUCUCAGAUCACAGAGGUGCAGGUGCAGGUGACAGAAAGCUCAACAGCUCUGAAGGAAGCCACAAGUUUGAUGAGUGAAACCAGGAGGAGACAUCAGGCCUUAGACAUCGAGCUGCAGUCUGCACUCAGUCUGAAAGCGGCGCUGGAGGCCACCCUGCGUGACAUCGAGGAGCGCUACAACAUGGAGAUGGAGAAGUACAACGCCAUCAUCCUGAGGCUGCAGGAGGAGCUUUCUAAGAUCCGUGCUGACAUCCAGACGAACACCAGAGAGUACGAACUCCUGCUGAACAUCAAGGUGAAGCUGGAGGCCGAGAUCGCCGAGUACAGGAGGCUGCUGGACGGUGGCGACCUCAGACUGGAGGAUGCCAUCGACUCAAAGAAAGUCCAGACCAAAGUGGUGACCGUCACCCAGACUCUGGUGGACGGAAAACUGGUGUCAGAGAGCAAGGACGUCAAAUCUAGUGAACAGGUCGUUAAUUAAGAACAGAGGGACGUACAUCUGUAACGAAAUGAAAUAAACAAGAGGAAG